AUGGAACGUAAUUUUUUUACAAAUGACCAACAAGGUGAGGACACUGAAAAGGCUUUAACUUUUGCUACUAGAGCUUUGAAAGUUCUUGAUAUUGGUGAUGAUAAGCCUAGUUUUCUUGUUGCUAUGACUUUACAAUUAAUGGGUUCUGUUAGUUAUAGUUUAAAAAGGUUUAAUGAUAGUUUAGGGUAUUUAAAUAGGGCACAGAGGAUACUGGGUAGGCUGGAGGAGGAGGGGACUACUAACGUUGAGGAUAUUAGGCCAGUGUUGCAUGCUGUGCUGCUUGAGUUAUCAAAUGUGAAGACUGCGAUGGGGAGGAGAGAGGAGGCCAUAGAUAAUCUUAAGAAGUGUUUAGAGAUCAAGCAAAUGACUAUGGAUAAAGGCAGUAAAGAAUUGGGUGUGGCAAAUAGGGAACUGGCAGAGGCUUAUGUUGCAGUUUUGAAUUUCAAUGAGGCUUUGCCGUUUGGUUUGAAGGCAUUGGAUAUACAUAAGAGUGGACUUGGGGAUUAUUCUGUGGAGGUUGCAUAUGAUAGGAAGCUUCUCGGGGUCAUAGAUAGUGGGCUGGAGGAACAUGACAAGGCAUUGGAGCAGAAUGUGCUGUCACAGAAGGUUUUGAAGAGUUGGGGUCUUAGAUCAGAAUUGCUUCAUGCUGAGAUUGAUGCUGCUAAUAUGCAGAUUGCAUUGGGCAAGUAUGAUGAGGCUAUUAAUACUUUGAAGGGUGUUGUCCAGCAGACAGAGAAACAUGGCGGGACUCGAGCAUUAGUGUUCAUCUCUAUGGCAAAGGCACACUCUGGAGUUUCAUCUGGCCAUGAUGUGAAAUUGUUUUAUUCCAGAGUCUGCACUACAUUGUGA